AUGAGCAUUCAAACCGCACCCACACUCAAGAAGCUGGCAAUUCAGUCUCUGGUGAGAGAUGAGGAUUUGGCCAUAUCCUCUUUGGAGGAGCUACCCUCUGUACUCUUCCCAGCACUGUUCAAGGAGGCCUUCACUGGCAGACAAACCAAGCUCAUAAAGGCAAUGUUGGAAGCCUGGCCUUUCCCCUGUCUCCCUGUGGGGGCAUUGAUGAAGAUGCCUAAACUGGAAAUGUUGCAAGCUCUGCUAGAUGGAAUAGACAUGCAAAUAACUCAAGGGUUUCACUCCAGCAGGGGAAAACUUCAGGUUCUGGACCUGAGGAAUGUGCACCAUGCCUUUUGGAACAUAUGGGCUGGUACAGAGGACGAUAGCUGUUCUUCAGAGCCCUUGGAUGAGAAACCAGUAGUGACGGUGCCUGAGGACACCCUUGGAGACCCUCUCCAUCAUUCACUGCCAAAUUUCACAGUCAUUCAUGGAUUCCUUUUCCUGCAGUCGGAGCCUCUUUCAGUUAAAACAUCUGGAAAUAAUAGGAGUGAUCUUAUAUGGUUUUGA